AUGGCCGUCAACUUACGCACUAAAAUGCCCAAGACCAUGACUCUUGUAGUCGGCGAUGUGUCUCAGGCUGCAAUAUCCAAGUUCCAGGAGCAAAUGAAAGACGUGGGCCCGGUGGUCGUGGCGGCCAACGGGUGCGAAGCCAUCCAGAAGGCCAACACGAUCAUCACAGUCCUGCCCAAUGACGCCGCCUGCAACAGCGUCUACCUCGAUCCAUCAACCGGAGUCCUCGCUGGCGUCAAGCAAGCAGAUCCUUCUCAGGCCAAGAUCGCCAUGGAGUGCGGCACGAUGAGCCUCGAUAUCGUCAACAAAGUCCGGGACGCCUCGUCUCAGAGCGGGCUCACGUUCGUGGACAGCCCCAUCUCUGGGGGGCCACUCGGCGCCAAAGCCGGCACACUAACCAUCAUGGUCGGGUGCGACGAGCCCGUAUUCCCCCAGAUCCAGCCGCUACUCGAGCACAUGGGCAGCAGCGUGCGGCGGUGCGGCGCCGUGGGGACGGGCACGGCGUUCAAGACCAUCAACAACUACAUGUCCAUCAACAACGUGCUGGUGGCCAGCGAGGCGCUGAACAUCGGGGCGAAGCUGAACCUCAACAUGGAGGACCUGAUCGACACGGUCAACUCCAGCAGCGGCAUGAGCUGGAUCACGCUCAAGAACAACCCCGUGCCUGGCAUAACGCCCGGCGGCGCCGCGAGCAAUGACUACAACGGCGGUUUCCGGAUAGAACUUGGCCAGAAGGAUCUGACGCUGGGCGUGCAGCUGGCCAAGAUGGUGGGUGCGAGACCCGUGGUUGCGGUUGAGACGCUGAAGACACUGGGAGAAGUGGCAGCUGACCCGAGAUAUGCUGGCAAGGACUUGCGGGUUGUGUACAAGUGGCUGAACGAGCAGUAA